AUGUCAGGACCCGAUCAAUGGCUAGAACAGAUCAAGAAAUGCAUCGCACUUUCUGAAUCAGACAUGAAACAGCUAUGUGAGUUGGUGAAAGAACUCCUUAUGGAAGAAUCCAACAUCCAACCAGUGCAAUCUCCGGUAUCGGUCUGUGGUGAUAUCCAUGGGCAGUUCCAUGACUUGUUGGAGUUGUUCCGUAUAUCUGGAGGAAUGCCGCUGGACGAUAACGACACCAAUUACAUUUUUCUUGGGGACUAUGUCGACAGAGGAUACUUCAGUUUGGAGACAUUCACGCUUUUGAUGGUACUCAAGGUCAAAUACCCUCACAGGAUCACUCUUGUCAGAGGAAACCAUGAAUCAAGACAAAUCACCCAAGUGUAUGGGUUCUACGAAGAGUGUCUUACCAAAUACGGAUCCACCACAGUUUGGAAAUACUGUUGUCAGGUGUUCGAUUUCUUAACUUUGGCUGCCAUAAUAGAUGGGAAGAUUCUUUGUGUGCACGGUGGAUUAUCGCCAGAAAUCAGAAUGUUAGAUCAAAUUAGAGUUUUGAGUAGAGCUCAAGAAGUGCCCCACGAAGGAGGGUUCUGUGACUUGGUAUGGUCCGAUCCGGAUAACGUUGACACUUGGGCCGUCUCGCCAAGAGGUGCUGGUUGGUUGUUUGGUUCGAAGGUCAGUAGAGAGUUUAACCACAUAAAUAAUUUAGAGUUAAUUGCAAGAGCGCAUCAACUAGUUAUGGAGGGUUUUAAGUACCAUUUCAAGGAUAAGGAUGUUGUUACGGUCUGGUCUGCUCCGAAUUACUGUUAUAGAUGCGGUAAUGUUGCUAGUGUCAUGCAAGUUGACGAGGACUUGGAUCCUCACUUCAAGAUUUUCAGUGCGGUACAGGAUGGAGAUAUUACUGCAAAGAACAAUGCCACUAAGCAACAAAGGAGUGACUAUUUCUUGUAG